UAAUUUUGCAGCUACAGAAUGCCUUUGAACACUCCUUAUCCAUAUAGAUAAUAAGUCCAAGGUUGAAGGAUAACGUGCCAUGAAUAAUUGUAACUGUAAGUCCAAGGAGAGCAGGAAGAUGGAAAGAUAAACCCAAUGACUGUGAUGCUGAGGGAAGCAUUGGAGGCGUGUAGUGAGCGUACUUUGAGGAGGCAGGCUUGUCCACUUGUGAAAUGGCGGGUAGAACAGUGACAAUUGGACGACAGCUCUUGUCAGAUGUAACUCCAAUUCAUCAAAGACUCAGACAUACUUGGACUAAUCUGCAGCAAAAUUACUAUCAUGGCAUUAGCAUGACUCUAGGUUCAGGGAGGGUGCUGUCAUCAGCAUUUGGAAAUAUAAGGAAUAACUGUGUGUUUGUGUCACAAUAUCAUGUAAGCUGCCACCAGGGAGGGAGAAGAGUUUCCAGUGACUUGGACUCAUUUGCCAAGAGAAGACCUUUUCUUAGUUCCCAGUUAUCACAAACUUUAGCUAAUAGUGUGGCUAAGAGGUAUAGGGGUAAUGGUGGAAUGCCACUUAGUCAAGGACCUAAUGUGCUGUUGACUCAAGGAGUUACUAGUAAUGUCACUUUAUUAAGUGGCACAUCACAGGCUACUAGAAACAUAACACAAGGGAGAAAUGACUUCUCUAGCAUUCACAAUCGAAUAUCCUCAUUACAAGCAAAGAAAAGAGUGCAGCGGAAGAAGAAGCAGGCUUCCACAGAAUCUGAUGAGGCUCAGGAGACAGUAGCAGGCUUUGCUCCCUUGGCACGGCACAAGUUCCUUACUUUUGAUCCUGACUUUUCUCUACCUGAAGUCCAAGUUCACAGACCGCCACCUCGAGAAUGGCAAGUCACCGCGUAUGCAACAGCAGAUGAAUAUGACUUAAACAAACUCCUAGAUGGCCUGACACAUCAAGGUCUCUACGUCUCAGCUGGCAUUAAUCCAGGUAACACCAAUAAUGAUAAGAUGAGUACGUCACCAGGAAUGCACUCUGACAGCCAUGCACACUUGUCGUCAAAGUCUGGGUCUCAUGCCUCAUCACAUUCUGUACCAGAUGCCAGUGAUGUCUUACACAUGGUCGCCACAUACAGAGUAGAAACAGAAAAUCGUGAGAUCUACUUUUUUCGAGAGGGUUCAGUCGUAUUCUGGAAUGUGCCAGAAAUAGAGCGAGACAAUGUCCUCCGUUUUUUGAAGAAAUAUGAGACAGGAAGAUAUGAUGAGGAAGCUGUGGAGGAGGAGUGCGAGAGCUUGACAUAUGCGUACAGCGAUUUACCGACCAAAACAAGAUUGGUGAAGGACAAAAUCAUUCUGAAUACUGAAGGACAGACAGAUUUAGAAAAGUAUACAUUCAGCAAUGCUAUGGCCAUGUCUGUGAAACUAGGAAUAUGGGAAUCCUCACUGGACAAGUAUAUAGAAAAGAUUGAAUAUGUAUCAGAAGAGCUGAGCAAAACUGGCCGUGUGGUGCUGACCCAAGACCAGGUCCUGCAGAAGAUGGGCCAGUUGUUUGCCCUGCGUCACCUCAUCAACCUCAGCUCAGAUCUCCUUGACACCCCCGACUUCUACUGGGACCAUGCCGAGUUGGAGCAGCUCUACCAGAAGACAGCCAACCACCUUAACAUUUCCAAGCGCACCUCGGUGAUGAAUGUGAAGCUAAGCCACUGCAUCGAGCUAAUGGAACUGCUGACGAGCCACUUGAAUGAGAAGCAUUCAGCGCGGCUAGAGUGGAUCAUCAUCAUCCUCAUCAUGGUCGAAGUUGGCUUUGAACUUUUGCAUUAUAUUGAACGUCUUCUUUAAAUAGCCAAGGGGUUACCUCCACUCUCAUAAGUAUAGUGUAUGCGUUGUUCUUGGUCUUGUAAUGCUAGCACAUAUACCUGUAAGUAUUUGUAUAUAUGAUUUUUUUUUUGUGUAUGUGUGUGUGUGUGUAAGUCUGUUUUCACUGAAGAUGCACAAAUUACCAGCUAGGAAAGAAUAUCUAGGAAACACUAAAGAGGUAUCAUUCCACAUAUUUGCAGCUUUUUGUAAUAAUUCCAUGUCCUGUUUUGUAUCUAGUGUAAAGUAUGUUAUAGCUACUCAAAGAAGAUGAUAAUUCACAUGUUAAACCUUUAUAUCUAAAGAACUGAAUGCAGUGAUAUAAGCUGGGAACAACAGAGUCAGAUUUUUGGUUCUCAUUCCAUUGUCUUUCAUGUUUUAGGGGAUUUUUUUUUUCUUAUCUCUGCUAUUAAACAGUGCAUUUCCAAAUAAAUUGCUUUAGGUAAUAGUGUCAAGGUCAAAUUUUUCAAUGAGUAUGUGGAUAUAGUGCAAGACAUGGGAAAAGGGCAUUUCAUGGGCUGUGGAUAUAAAGUGUAAAGAAUAUAGAUACAUUGAUAGUUUUCUUGAAUUGUAUAUAUAUGUAUGUACCAAAGUGACUGUAAAUAAAUAUGAUAAUUCUUUGUAUAUUCAUUUUUCACUAUAUGAAUUUGCUUGUGCAAGUCUGAUAUCUGACUGGUUCUGAUGAUCCAGAUAUGUCUAAUAUUAUUUGCUUAAUAUAUAAUUAAACUGAAAAAUUAAUGAAGAUAAAUAAGUAUUCAGGAUAGAGACUGUGUGAUGGGACUUGCUAUUUUAGGUUCUAGCUCAGAAAAUAUGGAAAAAAUAUAUAAGAAAGCUUUUUAUUUUCAGUAUACAAUGUACUAUUACAAGAUUAUGUGACACCACUUGAGAGUGUAAAUAAAAAUGAUUUAGAAAUUCAA